GAGCCAUUUUGUUGUGUGUUGUUGAUUUGAUUUUCGAAAUGUUUUUCCUCGAAAAUUAUGUUAUCGCAGCCUAAAAUUCGUUUAGUUUCGAGUUUCGCUCGUUGUUUUCUACCAGUUUCGCCUAUUUAACAAAGAAAUCGCCUCACAAAUGACUCUGGAAGACCCAUUCUUUGUUGUCAAAGAUGAAGUAUUCAGAGCUCUAAAAAAAACCCGAGGUCUCUACCGUCGCUGGUCCGAAUUCCAAAACGAAUCCGAACUGAUAACGAAAGACGAAAUCGAAUGGACCAACACUGAACUGAAAAACUCAUUACGCAGCAUCGAGUGGGACCUCGAAGACUUGGAAGACACCAUCGACAUCGUCGAAAAAAACCCGUCAAAAUUCAAAAUCGACAACCGCGAAUUGACCAAGCGAAAGCACUUCAUCGAAUCCACAAAAAAUGAAAUCCAAUCGAUGAAAGAUAGAAUUAGUACGAGCAAAGGCAAGGAUAAAGACAGACGGCCACUUUUGGACAGCGGCAGCCCUGUAAGACUUACAAACAUGCACAGUGGGACAAAAUAUUCGAAGUUGGAAAAUGAAAUUGAAAGCCCGCAAUUUUUGCAAAGGCAACAAAUGUAUGAGGUGCAAAACCAGGAUGAGCAACUUGAGGCUAUUGCUGGAAGUUUGGGGAAUUUGAAAACUGUAUCCAGACAUAUUGGGAUUGAGUUGGAUGAACAACAAGGUAUGUUGGAUGAGUUUGGCACAGAGCUGGAAAAUACCGAUUCUAAACUGGAUACCACCAUGAAAAAGAUGGCAAAAGUUUUAAGAAUGUCAAAUGAAAAGCGGCAAUGGACUGCCAUUAUAAUCUUAGUUAUAGUACUUAUUAUUGUGAUAUUUUUAUUUUUCGUACUGUGAUUUUAAUUCAAUUAUGUACAAAUUUUGUUUGUUUGUUUUGGCACACCAAAUACAUAAGUACAGAGGCCAAUAUGGAAAUAUUAAGACAAUAUUUUGUCAGUUAUUUAUUUGAAAAGUGCCAUAUAUAAUCCUAGUAAACACAAGUUUUUUUCAAGUCACAAUAAGGUAAACAUAAAUAUAACACUUGUUCAAGUAAAUGCAUAAACUUGACAUGAAACUAAUGCUGGUAAAAAAAAAUUAUAUAAACUUUACAUAAAUGUGUUUACUGGGAUGCUUUUAGAUUAUUAUUUACUGAUGAUGAAAAAACAACAUUUUAGCUGAACAUGUUUUUUAUACAGUAGAAAGUUUAGACUUUUAAUAGAAAGAAACUUGUUAUAUGUAUGUAUUUACUUAUGUAAAUGAUAGGCAAUAUUGAUAUUUUCUCUGUUUUAUUGAAAAUAGUUGUAAUAAUUGUUUUUUCUCUUUAGUUUUGUGGUACCCACCCACAAUAUCAACAUUAACUUAAGCCCAAUGUUCUUGUCCCUCUUUUUAAAUUCUUUUACAUAUAUUGAAUAUUUAUUAACUAUUUUUGUUUUAAAUUUUAUUAAUUAUUUGUGUAAUAUAAUAAUAAUAUUUAUUGAUUUUUUUAA